AUGGAUGUUAGUCAAGUCGAACCACGUGAUUACCCUCCAAGACUUUACCCUUCUAACCUAGAAGGUAAAGAUAUCAAUCAUAAUUUCCGUGCAGGACAUUUCCCCCACAUUAAAGAAACAAUAGGACUCGAUGUGUGGGAAGAACUGGUGAACUCUCCCAUUGGAGUAGUUGCUAGGCUACUUUCACGCGAAAGCAUUUGGUCUGGUAGGACCGUACACUAUCUGCUAUGUAGACAGCUGCGAGUGCAUAAAAAGGAGAUAUGGUCUGUUGUGGUUGAUGAUGUUAUCAGGUUUAGCUUGCUCGAGUUUGGUGAGAUCACUGGGUUAAACACAGGUCCAUUGCCAACAGAAAGUUUUGAACCUGAUCAAUACAAAGAGUUUUGGGAGGAGUUGAAGGUGCCGCUUGGGAUGGGACCCAAGUAUGAUGAGCUGAAGGCAGCAUUAGAGUUCUGUCCUGGUUGGAGUUUUGAAAAGCGUAAGUGGUUGGGGAUGUUAUUUCUUCAAGCCAUGGGACUGUACUGUUUGCAUCACAAUUCAAGGAUACCCUUUCAAAGUGCAAUAAGGGUAUUCGACGAUGAAGCCAUGAGGUCGUAUCCAUGGGGUCGGACUGCAUACGAAGUUCUUGUUGACUCUCUGAAAACACUGUGUCCAGAUGGAAAGUCAUACACAGUAAGCGGCAUGAAGGACGUUUUAUUGGUUUGGGCGUAUGAGUCCAUCGUCUGUUUCGGUGAGAAGUUUGGGAGAGUGGUCAACAAUGAAGACGUUCCUCUUUUGCGAUGGGGUGGAAGGCGUACACGUUCAAGUUUUGAUACUGUCUUGUCUGACGAAAUCAAAGAUCAUGGCGAGGUCCGUUUGAGGAGAAUGGUUAUGAAGGAGUCAAUUGAAGAGAUGUUUCCUGUAUGGUCGGAUGAACCUGACGACCCACAACUCGUUAGGUUGGUAGAAGACAUACACGCAGGUAGAUACGUGAAAGGUUUCUGGGAAGUACAGAGGGAUGAGCAGGGGAAGGGGAAUGAAAAGAAGAAGAAGAAGAAGAAAACGAAGGGAGUUUCAUCAGAAGCUGAGCCAUCAACAAAGAAGCAGAAGAAAGAAGCUGCUGAAACGAGAAAGGGUUCUAGCGAGGAGGAAGCUCAAAAUUUGACGCUUACGAUUUUGACCAGAACCGGCCAGUGA